UGUACACUGCUCCACAUCACAGCUGUUGGUGAUGGUGUUAUCCAGUCCAGAUAACAGAACCAGCAUUACUGCCUUCAGUAGCUUUAACACACUUGUAUCUUCAGAUCAGGGGCCAUCUUUUACAGGUAACAACUGCCCCAGAUGUUAUUGUCAAAUAGGCUGAAUGGGCAGACACUUGUUGCCUGAGUGUGCAUGAAACUAGGAGGGAUCUAUAGGAAACAGAGAGAGGGAGAGAGGCUGUGGUGACUCAGGGAUUUCUCUCUCCUCUGUCUCCUCCGGAGGACUGAAGCGCCUGCAGAGACGUGAACGAGGCACAGCUAUGUUGGGCGUCCUCGUCCUCCUGUCCCUCACCUCCCCGGUGGCCCUGGUGCCUCCUCCGGGUGCUCCCCCUGUCCCCUGCCGGCGCUGCUGUGAUCACUUGGAGCCAGCAGAGGGCAGCGGAGCCGAGCCUCUCACAGGAGGGGUCAGCCAGGUGCCAGAGGUCCGCACCUACAUCAACAUGACCAUCCUCAAAGGUGACAAAGGAGAACGUGGCGACAGAGGAACACCAGGUAAAGCUGGACAAGAAGGCCCUUCAGGCUCUAGAGGUCCCGCGGGGUCAAAAGGCGCUAAGGGCCAGGCAGGCCUCCCAGGAGACCCCUGUAAAGUCCAGUACUCUGCCUUCUCCGUCGGGCGACGCAAAUCCCUCCACAGCCUGGAGUCCUACCAGGGGCUCGUGUUCGACACGGUCUUCGUCAACCUCGACGACCACUUCAACAUGUUCAACGGGAAAUUCCUCUGCCAGGUCCCGGGGAUCUACUUCUUCAACGUCAACAUCCACACGUGGAACUUCAAGGAGACGUAUCUGCACCUCAUGCUCAACGACACCGAGCAGGCCAUCGUGUACGCCCAGCCCAGCGACCGCUCCAUCAUGCAGAGUCAGAGCCUGAUGCUGGAGCUGGGGCUGAAGGACGAGGUGUGGGUCCGCCUGUACAAGAGGGAGAGGGAGAACGCAAUCUACAGCGACGAUGUGGAUGUCUAUAUCACUUUCAAUGGAUACCUCAUCAAAGGAAGCGCGGAGGGAAACUGAAUAGGAGAGGCUGAGGAUGAGACUGUUGAGCUCAGCUGGAUGGAAAGCAAACAAAUUGAACAUGACAUGGCAGCAGAAUGCAACCCACUGUAAUAUAGUCCUCCUCUUCCUUUUAUAUUCGGUGCUCCGCGGUGGAGCUAGAAUGAAAAUGGUUGCCAGAGAAUGAGCAAUACCUCUUUGAGAAAAUGUGAAGAAAUAAAUUGAAUACGCUCCAUCAUCACCCUAAUAGAAAAUUGUCAGAAUUAUGAAAGCAGGUUCAUUCUCUUUAUGCUGCAGAUAUCACAACAACAUACACAAGUUUCAGUAAAGGAAUCAUCCAACAUUUGGGGAAAUAUAAUAAUUUAUUUUCUUGUCAAGAGUUAGAAGAGGAGAUUGAUGCCACUCUCGCCUCUGUAUGGUACAUUUGUAGCUGGAACCAGCAGCCAAAAAAAGACAUAAUUUGUCAUGCAUAAUUUGUAAUUCUUUUUUACUUUCAGUGACAGAAACAUUUUUAAUUGAAAGAUGUCUGAUAUUUAGUAUUUCUCCCUCUGUAAUGAAGAAACUAAGCAGUCGUUUAUGUUUUAAGAUAUGGUAAGAAAACUGCACUUUUGUACGUGGUGCUACUAAAAGACGGUGCUAUCUGAACUUUUGUUUUGGAGUUUGUGAAACUGCAGGAAGCAUAAUGUUCUCUCCGAGUAAGAUUUCAUGUUUUGGAUUAACUGAUAUUUUAUUGACUGAAUUAUUUUUACUUUUAAAGUUGAAAACUUGAAAGUUUGCGGGCCAAGUUUGCACCCCUCUCUCCCUCCCUUUUUAUUAUAAUACCAUCAUGUCAAAUUUACAUGAUGAUAUAUUCACUUUACAUUAUGAAGAUAAACUUUGCAUUGUACAUAAACUGGAGGCUCAACUGCAAAAUAAAGCAGUAAUAGGUAAUCUGUUAAUAAUAUUAAAUACACUCAUGUCAACUGUGAAACAAUUACCUGCAAUUAAAACAGACAUCAUUAGCAGUGGUACUAACAUAACUAUAAAAUCCAUUAUUGAUACAUCAGUAUAAUCUGCAUAAAUGCCUGUUUACGAUUGUACUAACAUGAUCAUUAAUACCAUUAUUGAUAAUACAAAAGAACAAUAAUCCGUAUAAAUAUGGCGUUACAUGAUAAUUUCAUGGUAUUUCUGUUUGUAUAAAUAUAAAAAGCAAAACUGA